GACAGCAGACCGGCUGUCCCAAGCUGCGCUGAUCCUUCACUCUCCAGCACCAGGCUGGAGUCCGCCCGCCCGCUGCCUCCCCCUUAUUACCGGCCACCUGCCUCUCCGAGAAUAACACAGCGGCACCGAAAAGCUCAGUGAGGAGCACAAGCAAAGCAAGGAGGCGAGGCAAGAUACUGACCGGCUUCCUGUGCCAUCUUUUCGGCAUCCAAACCCCCUCCACCAAAACGUCCUGCGGGAGGACAGGCUGCGCACAGGGCGCACUUAGCGACCCGGGUUUGUUGUCGUUACCAGGAGAGGAGCGCUCAGCGAGCAGAGCCGGAGAGCCGGUUCAGCUCUGUGCACACCGGGCUGCCCCCCUCACAGGAGCCACUUGCAUGGAUGCACCAUGGCCACGUUUGUCUGCAGGGUUCAGUUUUUAGACGACACCGAUCCGUUCAACAGCACAAAUUUCCCAGAGCCGACGAGACCACCGCUGUACACCUUCAGGGAGGAUAUCCCACUCAUCAACCAGUUAGCAGGCGUCCACCGGCUCCUCAAAGCUCCACACAAGCUUGAUGACUGUGCGCUCCAGCUCUCCCACAAUGGCACCUAUCUGGAUCUGGAGUCUUCUCUGGCUGAGCAAAGGGACGAGCUGGAGGGAUUUCAGCAGGACGACACAGGGUCCAGAGGGAAGAAGCACAGUGUUAUUUUACGGACCCAGCUGACCGUCCGUGUACACGCCUGCAUCGAAAGACUGUAUAACUCCAAUGGACGUGACUUAAGAAGGGCGCUGUUCUCUCUAAAGCAAAUUUUUCAGGAUGACAAAGAUCUGGUCCAUGAGUUUGUGAUGGCUGAAGGUCUGACAUGUCUCAUCAAGGUGGGAGCAGAAGCUGACCAGAACUACCAGAACUACAUAUUACGAGCCCUGGGGCAGAUUAUGCUGUAUGUAGACGGGAUGAACGGCGUCAUCGGUCACGCUGAGACAAUCCAGUGGCUGUACACUCUUGUUGGCUCAAAGUUCCGUCUGGUGGUGAAAACAACUCUGAAGCUGUUGCUGGUGUUUGUGGAGUACUCUGAGUCCAACGCUCCGCUGCUGAUAGAAGCCAUCACGUCUGUGGACAACAAGAGAGGCUGCAAGCCAUGGUCCAAUGCUAUGGAGAUCUUACAUGAGAAGGAUGGCGUGGACACAGAGCUGCUGGUCUAUGCCAUGACCCUCAUCAAUAAGACACUUGCAGCACUGCCAGACCAAGAUUCAUUCUAUGAUUUGGUGGACGGUUUGGAGGAACAGGGCAUGGAGACAGUAUCCCAAAGACACCUGGGGCGGAAAGGCACUGAUCUGGACUUGGUUGAGCAGCUUAACAUCUAUGAGAUGACCCUACGGCACGAAGACGGUGACGAUGACAGCCAACCUCCACCGAUGGGACGCCGGGACCGCAGACGAGCCAGCCUCGGGGGCGGGGACAAAAAGCGUGGCCUGGAGAGGAGGCGGAGCCGCAGAGCUUCACUUGGGCGAUCUGGUCACGCCUCCCCCUGCAGCCCUGCGUCCCCACAGAGAGCCGGCUUCAAGCCUUUCAGUGGACAGAGGGCUGAGGACAUGAGUGAGAGCCCGGCUCGACAACUUCCAUCCAUUGUUCAUAGAACAACCCUCCAGUCCAUCACCAUCACUUCCAGGAAGGAGAACAUAAAAGAGGAUGAGCAGAGGAACCCGACUGACCCACCUCCAGCAUCUACCGCCCACUCCCCCUCAACUCCCGCUUCCUCUCCUCCCAUCUCCUCCCCUCUCAGCCCCCAAGCCCAGCCCUCACUUCUGGCCAGCCUUCUGGCCAGGAAGAGGUCUACUGUCACCGUGCCGGCUACCAAAGAGGUCAGCCCACCAUUGCGUGGCAGCUCUCGUCCCUCCCCUGACCGCCUGCCCUACCUGCCCCACUCGCCUUUCCACCUCUUCUCCUACGACCUCGAUGAGGAGCCGUCGCCCCCGGCUCCGGUCAAACCCACUGAGGAGUCACCUAAAACGACGUCUCCCAGGAAUGGAGGUUUCACGUCCUACUCCUCUCUCAGCAGUCCGAGUACGCCCACCAGCUCCAGGCCUGCUCUGGGGGGUCUUCUGUCCUCCUCCUACAGACAACACCAGGAAUCUCUGGCAGCUGAGCGAGAGCGCCGCCGCGUGGAGAGAGAGGAGAGACUGCAGAGGAUAGAGAGAGAGGAGCGCAACAAGCACAGCCGCGGCUAUGUGGAUAAAAUGGAAGAGGCCAGGCUUGCGCGGGAGGAGAGGUAUAAGAACGUGGAGCGUCUGGCAGCAGAGGAGUACGAGAAGGAGCGUGUCCGGGUCUCGAGGACUCGCCCUGACCUCAACCUGACCUUUACACCCUCGGAGGCCUGGCCCUCGUCAUCACGCAGCAGCACCCCGUCCUCCUUCGCCUCCCAAGAGGACACAGAGGCUGACCUUGAAGCUGAGACCCCAGCCACCCCUUACACCCCCUCUGAGACUGGAGAGGCUGAUGACUCCAGUGCCAGCGUAGAAACAGAGGAGAAAGAGGCAGAAGCUACCGCUGAAGAGGAGGAAGAACAGAAGGAAGAGGAAGAGGUAGAAGUGGAAGUGCAUGAGGAAACAACCGCGGAAAAGGAGGUAGAAGUCGAGGAGCGCGCACAGGAACCGGAGAAAGAGAGAGAGGAGCCGGAGGAGGAGGACAGCGGCAUCCUGAGCGACAAGGAACGACAGAAUGAGGAAGUAAACGAGAAGGACAACUGCUCGGCCUCCAGCAUCUCCUCUGCCAGCAGCACUCUGGAGAGAGAGGAGAGGGGGAGCGCUGAGAAUGGCUUCAAGGAAGGAGAGGUGAAUGAGCCGUGCAGUAAACUCCUCAACAGCAAACUCUUCAUGCUGGACAUGCUGUACUCCCAGAACAAGAAGCCCAGUGAUGAGGAGGAGGAAGAGGAGGAUGCAGAGAAGGAGAAAGAGAGAGAAGAGGGGGAGGACAAAGAAACAAAGGAGGAUGCUGAGGGGCAGCUGGGCGAUGAUCAGGAGAGCGACAACAGGGAUGACAAAUCAGAGCUACAUGGGAGCAUCCGCCCGUUCGCUGAACGAUUUGGAAACUUGAUCAAGGACCUCACUUCACCCCACCCUCACCUGGAGGGCCCAGCCAACGAGCCUCCUCCCCCACCACCCAAGAAGGAAUCAGACACGAUCUGGGACCAGCUCCUGGCCAGCCCACGAGAGCUGCGCAUCGGGGACAUCAACUUCACCGACCUGACAGAGGAUGACGACAAGGACAUUCUGGACACCGUUUUCAUGGGAGGAUGCGGCGACCUCCCGCCCCCGCCUCCUCCACCACCCUGCUUCCCUCCACCCCCACCCAUGCUAGGCAGCUGCCCCCCACCGCCUCCCUUGAUUGGGAUUAUGAGGCCUCCACCUCCUCCUUCCUUUAAUUGUCCAAUUCCAGUGCCUCCUCCUCCAGAGCCGCCUCUAUUCAACAAGAAGAAGAAGACAAUCAGGCUCUUCUGGAGCGAGGUGCGUCCGACAGACUCUCAGUACAGGGACUACAAGCGGAGUGGAGACUCAUUCUGGUCCAAACUGGAAUCAGUAAAGUUGGACACGGCUAAACUGGAACACCUGUUUGAGUCGAAGUCGAAGGAAAUACCAGUUACAAAGAAAACAGCAGCAGACGGUAAGCGCCAGGAGAUCAUCGUGUUGGACUCCAAGAGGAGCAACGCCAUCAACAUCGGUCUGACGGUGCUGCCUCCUCCUCGCACUAUCAAGACGGCCAUCCUUAACUUUGAUGAGUAUGCGCUCAACAAAGAGGGCAUAGAGAAAAUCCUGACCAUGAUCCCCACAGAGGAAGAGAAGCAGAAGAUCCAGGAGGCUCAGCUGGCCAACCCCGACGUCCCGCUGGGCUCAGCAGAGCAGUUCCUCCUCACUCUAUCCUCCAUCAGCGAGCUCUCUGCCAGACUCCAGCUCUGGGCCUUCAAGAUGGACUAUGAGGCCACUGAGAAGGAAGUGGCAGAGCCGCUGCAGGAUCUGAAGGAGGGUAUGGAGCAGCUGGAGAAGAACAAAACUCUACGCUACAUCCUCUCCACGCUGCUCUCAAUGGGAAACUUCCUCAAUGGCACAAAUGCUAAAGGCUUCGAGUUGACGUAUCUGGAGAAGGUUCCAGAGGUGAAGGACACGGUGCAUAAACAGUCUCUGCUGCAUCACGCCUGCUCUGCGGUGGUGGAGAACUUCCCUCAGAGCACCGACCUCUACUCCGAGAUCGGAGCCAUCACACGUUCUGCAAAGGUGGAUUUCGACCAGCUGCAGGAAAACCUGUGUCAGAUGGAGCGCCGCUGCAAAGCCUCAUGGGACCACCUGAAGGUGAUCGCCAAGCAUGAGAUGAAGCCCCAGCUGAAGCAGAAGAUGUCUGACUUCCUCAAAGACUGCGCCGAGAGGAUCAUCAUCCUCAAGAUCGUUCACCGCAGGAUCAUCAACAGGUUCCAUUCAUUCCUGCUGUUCCUCGGUCACCCGGCCUACAGUGUGAGGGAGAUCAGCGUCCACAGGUUCAGUAAGAUCCUCAGCGAGUUUGCGCUGGAGUACCGAACCACCAGAGACCGCGUGCUGCAGCAGAAACAGAAAAGGGCCGACCACCGCGAGCGCAACAAGACCCGAGGAAAGAUGAUCAUUGACGUCAACGCUCCUUCUGAUGAUGAAGAGGAGAGUGAGCAGUGUGGUCGACGUGGCUCCAGUAGCAACAGCAGCGCCCCUAGUGGUAGCCAGGAGAGCGAACAGCCUCAGGGCCUGGGCCAUGCUGAGGAUGCUGCAGAGCACGAGCACAUGAAGGCUGUGCUGAGAACCAGCCUCAGCGGCGGAGACAAGGAGAGCAGCGGGGUGCCGGGGCUUCGGACACGGACCAGAUCACGGCCUGGACGAGGAGGUCGCACUAUGCAAGCACGGACACCACCUGUGGAGGACACUCAGAUCUGUGGAGACGACGCCGCAGACGAGAUCAUGGAGCGCAUCGUGAGGUCGGCCACUCAGGGUCCGGGAACCAGAGCUCAGCCAAGAGAGAGGAGGAGGUCCAGGGCAAACCGCAAGUCAUUGAGGCGGACUCUGAAGAACGGUCUGACACCGGAAGAAGCUCUUGCUUUGGGACUAACUGAUUCUCCAGACUCACAAAUGUGAUCCUCUGCCUCCUGUCUCUGUCCUCUUUGCUGUGGAAACACAGCGGCAAACAUCGAUGCGACGCCUCCGUCAGCUGCCUGCCUUCGUCACACUCGUUGUUGUACUCCAGCAGUUACAUGCCCCUUUAGGUUUUUGUCAGCUGCUAAUCUUGCCUGAUGUGUCUGAGUGAUGAAACUGCAGCCACCAUAGUGUUUUUAAUGCAGCAGAGAAAAAAAAUCCUCAGAAGAAAAAGUGGAAGUGAAGAUAGAGAUUGAUGUGUUCAACUUGGCAAGAAGGAAAAGAGAAUUUGAAUUCAGUGAUUCUGCCUCUACACUGAGCUGAAACGUUUUUUUAUUUAUAUAAACAUAUUUUAAACAUUGCGUUAGUUCAAAGGGAUAAUUUUUGCUUUUAACUUUCUGCAGCUGUGACUUCACCAUGUUUCAUUUAUUUAAGCUGUGAAUUUUGGUUGUAAAGACGAACGGGCUGAAGAGGAAGCUUGAUUUGUUCUCUUAUCCGGUUUCCAAAAAAUCCUGAAAAAACAAAGAGGCUUAAUGAGAAUCCAGUUUUGUUUCUGCAGCUGCACGUUCGACAAGUGGCCAUUGUGGCUGUGGAUCAGUGGGAAUAUGAAAGGUUUUGAUGUGUGCCUUUCAUUUAAAAGGGACAUUGCUGUACCUUUUCGCCAUCUCUUGCUAUUGCUUUAUUCACCUCCUACUUGUCAGAUGACUCACAAUUUCACAGGUGUAGUUAUAUCACGGGUGAGUGUUGACUACAAUUACCUUUUUUAUUUUGACAGAACUGUUCUCAAUAUUUAUUUGCUAAGCUCAGACAUCUUGCACCUUACUCAGCGUUAAUAGUCUGUUAUGCUGAAAUGAAUGACUGAUUCAAAACACAGAAAAAGGAAGUUUUAUCUCAGAGGAACUGUUUGUAAAGUGUAAAAAGACAAAAAGAUAAGGACUUUUUUAAAAUUUUAAUAAUCUAUUUGAAGGACAUGCAGAGAAUCCUGCAGAAAAAUGUGUAAAUGCCCUCGUCAGCUGCCAGAUACAGCGUGCAUGUUUAGUGCAGUUCAUGUUCUGUAUUAUUUUUGUAAUUUUCUGUAGAAACUUGUAUUAUAGUCUGAGAAAGAGGCUAUUCUGUGAAUUGUAAUUAAAGAUGAAAAAAAUGAAAGAUAUGGUCAGAGCUGAAAUAUGUGUUUUUAAAAUGUUGCUCCCUGCAGAGAGAGGGAGAGAGAGAGAGAGAGGGAGCAACAUUUGGACAUUUGCUUUGAACUUUGUGGUCACGUUGUACUUUGUAUGAACUUGAAACAGGUCGUGGAGCAGUCCCAGCUGAAGUGUGCGCUCCUCUCCCAGUCCAGCAAAAACUGGGAAACAUCACUGCAUAAAUAUCAUGUAGUGAGCUGAACAUAAAAACCAUGGUUACAGACACUUCCACUUGAAAUGCUGUGUAUACACAUUCUACAAUAAAAAGACAAAACCAUUGAGUGAAAAAGUG